GCUACAAGUUUGGCAGAUGGCGUUCGCAAUGGAAGUAGGAAUGCUGACCUUGCUGAAGAAUCACAAAAAGUCAACUAUCGAGCCUUGAGGUCCCUUUCCCCCGUACGCUAACGUGUUCCCUUGCGACCACUCUCGCGUGACGUCUUCAGUGUUUGGAGUGACCAAUGCCUCCAAAACGCAAGCAGACAAUCAGCACUGAGGAGCCGUCCAAAAAGCCCAAAACAUCUGCCGACGUCUCUCAGAGCAAUGUGAAGGGAACAAAGACAACUACGAAAAGGGUUACCAGAAGUAUAACUGAUGCCAAUAACGACCUCCACACGAGAAAAAUACGAAGUUCGAGAACAACCGGGGCCCUUGUUACCUCCGAACCAUCUCGGAAGGCUGCCGCAAAAUCUACACCAGACGAUACCAAAGACUCCGGUGUAGCCAAAUCAUCCGACAAAAGAGAAGUUCAGGCCGAAAAAUCGACGGUGGCUCCGACGAUAUCAUCUUCGAAGAUCAUGUCAAAGGCAUCUGCAGUCACGUCUGCGUCUGCUGCUAAACCAUCGGAAUUGAAGUCAGCCAAAGAGACGAAAACUCCCGUAGUCGAUUUCAGAGGAAAAUUUGACCUAUACGCAUGCAUCCUGCCGUUCCUCAAAUCCGAGUACCAACCUUCCGGGACUACCACGCCGCAGUAUAAGGCCGUGUAUGAGAAGAUUCUGACGUAUCAAGCAAAACGUGACUUCAGUAUGCAGCUUACCCUCGGAGACGGUGAGAACGUUGAGGGGGAGGUUGAGAUGGUGCCAAAAUUUGGCAGGUUUCAGUCGAUCAACAUGGUCAAUCCGAUGAGCGAGGAAGUGGUCGAGGACAUCCUCGUUACCAAUGGCGCUAUUUCUGCGGACGUCGAGCUCGAUGACAGCGAAUCAGCUCAUCCAAGCACCGUAGGAAAAGGCUUUGGUUACGAGGCGGAGCUUCAGCUCGAUCCUAACUGUGGGGAUUGCAUGCUUAGCGCUGGUUCAGGUUCAAUCAAGCUGCGGAAGGUUUGGGAGGAGGAAUCAAAGGACAGGAACAAGCGACCUGUAGAGCUUUUUGAGGGACAUUUCACCUUCAACUUGCGAUACAGUCGUCUACUGAGUUCGCGCGGACAUGGGUCUGGGGAUGAGUCUGACUAUGCUUUCUGGGCCGUUAGAGCUCUUACUGAUGACAUUGGAAAAGAGAUUGGCCUUCCAGGUUAUAGCGGCCUCUAACAUAUGUCUACAUACCAGUCUGCGACAUUUUUCCUGUAGACACCUUCUCCGCAAGUAGGUAGCAAACAAUCCUAUUGUCCGGGCGAUAUAUCUGGUAUCAAGA